GGCACAAUUCAAUUUUCCACAAUUUGGAACUUUCCCCAACUUGAUUGAACUUCGCGAAAUUCUUCAUUUCAUACAACGACACCGAGUCCAUCUCCAAUUCCACAACAUCCACCCAGCAGCAAAGAUGGUUCGAUACGCUGCCACCGAAAUUGACUCCGCGAAGUCGGCCCGCGCCCGCGGCGCUUACCUGCGCGUUUCGUUCAAGAACACCAGAGAGACUGCCCAAGCCAUCAACGGCUGGAAGUUGACCCGCGCUGUUACGUUCCUCGAGAACGUUAAGGAGAAGACUGAAGCCGUCCCCAUGCGACGAUAUGCCGGCAGCACUGGCCGAACCGCCCAAGGCAAGCAGUUCGGUGUCUCCAAGGCUCGAUGGCCCGUAAAGUCCGCCGAGUUCCUACUCGGUUUACUCAAGAACGCCGAGUCCAACGCUGAUGCCAAGGGUCUCGAUACCAGCAACUUGAUCGUCAAGCACAUCCAGGUCAACCAGGCACCCAAGCAAAGACGACGAACGUACCGAGCCCACGGUCGUAUCAACCCGUACAUGUCGAACCCGUGCCACAUUGAGCUCAUCCUAACCGAAGGCGAGGAGACUGUCCAGAAGUCAGAGGCUGUUGCCGGACGUGAAUCCGCACAUCUGAGCUCGCGACAACGCGGCACUCGUAUCCGCCAGGCCAUCACUGCCUCAUAGAUUGAUAUCUACGCGAAGGGGGCAAGGAUGUGACGAUUAAUGGAGAUAUUUGGGGUUCAAGUUGCUUUUCACUCUAGGUGUCAAGGCGGUCGUAAAGCAUGGGUCUAGGUUUCCGGCAUGCAACUCGCGAAUAAAAUCUUCGUGGAUUCCCCAAUACCAAAAAGUUUCAGAACAGUUUUCCGUUUAUAUCGUCUUGCUUGUGUCCAAUGUGAUGCUCUGUGUGCUUAAGACUUGCUUCCUUUUACGACUAGUAUGAAACGUAUUAGGCAUAAAGGUGCAUAUCAAGACCGAGAUGAAGUCGGACUUGAGCUGUCACUCCUACGUGUUUAAUAGUCAUGAAGCCUUACGGUCACUUAUCAAAUCCAUGCUAUAAAAGAAC